AUGUCGGAUCAAGACCAACCUGCUGUAGUCGAGAGAUCUCCGGCCAUAGGCAACAGGAUGACUGACAAGGACCAAAUCAGCAACUCCGACAGCAAAUCCGGCGUCCCAUCUAUCUUACAAGAUCAGGAGACUGCAGAUACUAAGCAGCCAAAGCCACGCGAGGGUGACGCCCCAGAUGGCGGAACUGCUGCUUGGCUCGUCGUGCUUGGUGCUUGGUGCGUUUCGUUCUGUAGCUUUGGAUGGCUGAAUAGCAUUGGAGUCUUCCAAGAGUACUACCAGACCGAUUUGCUCAGUCACUAUUCUCCCAGCACCAUCUCAUGGAUUCCAUCGCUUCUCAUCGCCAUCGUGAUGGGCUUGGGACCUUUUGUCGGCACUCUAUACGACCAUUUUGGCCCACGAUGGCUGCUCCUGAUAGGCAGCAUCAUGCAUAUUUUCGGUGUAAUGAUGGCGAGUCUUGGUACCGAGUACUAUCAGAUACUUCUUGCCCAAGGAGUCUGCUCUGCCAUCGGCAUUUCGAGUAUCUUCCAACCAGCCGUCACUGCUACACUCGGCUGGUUUAAUCACAGGCGUGGCGCUGCCAUUGGCAUCCUCUUUACUGGCUCAAGUAUUGGAGGCAUCAUCUUCCCUAUAAUGAUAUCACACCUGAUUCGUCAACUUGGCUUCGGAUGGGCUAUGCGUAUCUCUGCAUUCCUCAUGCUUUUCCUCUUGAUAUUGGCGAAUCUGACCGUGCGUGCUCACGUUCCGCCACAUCCACACAAGAUCACUAGGGCUGAGCUCCUCAAGCCUCUAACUGAAGUUGACUUCCUUUUACUCAUUGCAGGCUUCUUCUGCUUCAGCUAUGGCUUCUUCGCUAUUAUUACUUAUCUUCCCGUCCAGGCUCUCAACGCUGGCAUGAAUGCUAAUCUGGUCCAAUAUCUGCUGCCUAUACUUAAUGCUGGGUCAUUAUUUGGGCGUCUUUCCGCCGGAGUUGUAGGCGACAAAAUCGGCCGCUUCAACAUCUUCAUUGUCGUUUGCUUCCUAUCCGGUAUCUGGGUCUUGGCGCUUUGGUUGCCCGACUCAAGCGACCCGGCGCUCAUUGCAUUCGCCGUCCUAUUCGGGUUUUUCUCCGGCGCUUAUGUGUCACUCAUUACACCCAUGGUCGCACAGAUCGCGCCACUACGGGAACUUGGGUUCCGCUCAGGCAUUGUUCAAUUUUCCAUUGCGAUUGGUGGCUUGACAACGAAUCCAAUUAACGGCGCAAUACUAGAUGGCUCAGGCGGCUGGGUUGGUCUCAAGGUCUUCUCUGGGGUAUUUUGUAUAGCAGGAACAGCCUUUGUGCUUGCGGCUAGAAUUAGGCGCAUUGGCUGGAAAGUGUCUAUUCGCUUUUAA